AUGUAUUCUUGGUCAUACCUUGGAGCUUCAGCGCUAAUGCUCGCGAACAUGGUCUCGGGUCUCAGCAUCAAACUCGACGCCAAGGCCGGAAAGUCUUGCGAGUAUACCGCGCCAUGGCAGACGCUCCCUGAACUUCCGCCUAUGCCCAAGGCCAAUUUCAAGGGUACUGCACCAAUUGACGGCAUUGAUCUUUGGUAUGCGACCUUCGGAAGGCCGCUCAAGGAGACUAAAGCGAAAGGCCACAGCCCUGUUGUUUUCCUCCACGGUGGCUUUGCCAACAGUGAUUACUGGGCCAACCAGAUCCGAUAUUUCAAGGAUCACCCCUACACUUUAAUCACAAUCGAUUCUCGAGCUCAGGGUCGUUCGUCAGAUGAUACAAGUCGACCGUUGACCUAUGACCUCAUGACUAAAGAUGUCAUUGGAUUGAUGGACCAUCUUGGGAUUGAGAAGUUCUCAACUGUCGGUUGGUCUGACGGCGCAUGCAUUUCUUUCGACCUCGCGAUGAACUUUUCUUCUCGUCUCGAUCGUACCUUUGCAUUCGGCGGUACUUACAGCCCUGAGAACAUCAAUGCGACGGCUGGAGAGAGUCCCGUGUUCUUGGAGUACAUGAAGAGAGUUGAGAAGGAGUAUAAGAAGAACUCACCAUCCAGGGGUUCAUUCCACAACUUUUCGGAGAGGAUGGACGCGAUGUGGGCUACUCUGCCAGACUGGGAUGCAAAGUCCUUUGCCAAGAUUCCUACUCGAUACUCUGACCCCAAUGCCCCUAUCAUGUGGAUUGUCGAUGGAGACUCUGAGGAGGCGGUCACUCGAACUACUCCCGGCGAGAUUCAUAGCUGGGUCUGGGGUUCUGAUCUCGUUAUCCUGCCCGGAGUCAGCCACUUUGCUUUCAUGCAAGACCCACAGACCUUCAAUGCCAUGGUUGAACGCUUCCUCGAGAUGCCUCGUUUCCCUGGCGAGCUGUAG